AUGCAUAAUUACAGCUUCUCUCAGGAUUAUUAUGAUAACCCUCAUCCUGAUUGGAAUGAUCUUAAUUUUGAUUGUUCUGAUCCUUAUAUGAAUCCUGUGAUAGACAAUUAAGAUUUUAUUUAAGUUGAUGAAAAUGAUACAAAUAGCAAAAACCAACUUAAGAUUCUCAAUAAAGCAAAGUAAUAAAAGAAAAAGUUAAACUUUAAUUUCUCAAAAAGAAAAAAAAUAGAUUUGUAGAAGUUUGAUUAGAAACAUCACUCUAUUAUAAAAAAAAACAAGAGAAAAUAUAGUAUAAAUUAAUCUAAAUCUCUAUUCUGUUCAGGAGGAUGCGAGUCAAAUGAGCUUUUAUCAUCAAAUACUGAUGCUUCCUCUAAAGGGACUACACUAAGCUCGAUAAAAUGGAGAUUUGAUUUUAUAGCAACUUUAAUCAAAUAAACAAAAUUAGAAAUGAUGCAACUUUAGAAGUAUAGAAAUGAUAAUCAAUGA